AUGUCUAAGUCAUUAGAGCCAUGUACAAAACCAUUUGAAAAGCAAGUUAAACGCCGAGGGCGUCGUAUAAUGGUGUCUCAAGAAACAUUAUUUUGUCCUCCAUUUAUGGUUAGAUGCGACAAUAAUCGAGCAUAUUUUAACUAUUCUACUUUAUGGGCAUGUAGAAUUUGUACUAAAACAUUAUUAAGUAAAGCUGCUGCUAUAAGUCAUGCGGCUAAAUGUAAGCUAACAAUUACUAAAGAAAAAGAUAUUCAAAUUGCAGAUUUAGAGAACAUGGAAAAAAACAUGUGUUAUCCGUGCAAAUAUUGUGAUAAAAAAAUGCGGAGAAAAGUUAAUUGGCUUAAGCAUUUGAACGAACAUGAGACACCAGAAUAUGAUGAAAAUAAAUGGGGAGUUAAUAAAUCUAUAAACAAAUUUAAACUACCAGACCAAGUUGUUUCCACGUGUAUAAAACAGGAUUUUGAUUUAUCAUAUCCUUCUACUUCUAAGUAG